GCCAGCCACCCGCGUCGCCGCUACAGCCCGCAACACUCUGCUGACCAACAAAAAGGACCAUCGUCGGCUUCUUCAUACUACCUCUGCGUGAUUCCGUGUUGUUUUCUUUCGCCAGGACAGCGAAACUGGACAGCUUGUGGCGGGCAGCGUGACGGCGGGGAGCCAGGCGGCACCGGAUACAUAACUACCGCGCUUUUUAGUGUGUUUUGUAUGCUCGCUGUGAUCUAAAACUCUUCACCAUGGGUUGUACUAUGAGCCAGGACGAAAGACAGGCGCUCGAACGCAGUAAAGCCAUCGAGAAAAACCUUAAAGAGGAUGGUAUAGCUGCCGCAAAGGAUAUCAAGCUCUUGCUCUUAGGCGCCGGAGAGUCAGGGAAGAGCACCAUCGUUAAACAAAUGAAAAUUAUUCACGAAUCCGGUUUCACGAACGAGGACUUCAAACAGUAUAAGCCGGUGGUCUACAGUAAUACCAUCCAGUCUCUGGUAGCCAUCCUGCGCGCCAUGGGCAUGCUCAACAUACCGUUCACUGAUAGCGCCAGAGAGCCGGAUUCCAAAAUGGUGAUGGACGUCGUCGGCCGGAUGGAGGAUACGGAACCAUUCUCGGAAGAGUUGACGGCAGCCAUGAAGCGGCUGUGGAUAGACGCAGGCGUACAAGAAUGCUUCUCCAGGUCGAACGAGUACCAGCUGAACGAUUCUGCCAAAUACUUUCUUGAUGACUUGGAUCGACUGGGUCAGAAGAACUAUAUGCCUACGGAGCAAGACAUCUUAAGGACGAGGGUAAAGACAACAGGAAUCGUAGAAGUACACUUCUCUUUCAAGAACUUAAAUUUCAAGUUGUUUGAUGUGGGCGGCCAGCGGUCAGAGCGGAAGAAGUGGAUUCACUGCUUUGAGGAUGUCACUGCCAUCAUCUUCUGUGUAGCCAUGAGCGAAUACGACCAAGUUCUACACGAGGACGAGACAACAAACCGAAUGCAGGAGAGUUUAAAGCUUUUUGACUCUAUCUGCAAUAAUAAGUGGUUUACAGACACGUCAAUCAUCCUGUUCCUCAACAAGAAAGAUUUGUUUGAAGAAAAAAUCAAGAAAUCUCAACUGUCAAUCUGCUUUGCUGAAUACACAGGUGCCCAGGAUUACACUGAAGCAUCUGCAUAUAUCCAGGCCCAGUUUGAAAGCAAGAACAAGUCGCAAACUAAAGAGAUAUACUGUCACAUGACAUGCGCAACCGACACAACAAACAUUCAGUUUGUGUUUGAUGCAGUUACAGAUGUGAUCAUUGCCAACAAUCUGCGAGGGUGUGGCUUGUACUAGUGCGGCACACGUUGUGACGCCCGUAAUUGAGACGUCAGUGCCAUCUGGUGGUCGCGUAUCCAAUAUUGUCAAAUGUGUCAAUAUCAUAGACAAUUUUAGGACGUGGUGUUGAGGUUGAGUCACAGUUUGGGUCUAGCGAAAGGCACGUACUGGUUUGGGCAACAGGCAAGGCUAUUUGUACUAUAUACACCGUAUAUAAGCAAUAGAACAUUUAGAGUAUUUUAUUUAUUGUUAUAUACACGUUAGUUAAGAAUGCGAAGAUGAGUAUUCAGUGAGUCCAGUCCAGAUGCUUAGUUAUGAUGGUUGAACCCCGAAUUUUAGACAGGGUUUUUGGAAGGUGUAUAUUGCAUUAAAACCAUAUUCAAUCGUCUAGUCUUGUUGAAGCAAUUUACACAAUGACCUUAAUUCUGUCGAAAUGACUCUAGGAAUUAUGGUUAGGGACAGCCAAGUGCAAUGAUGAAAGAUUUUUGAUGUUUUAUUAGUCGUAAUGAAUGCUUGCAUAAAUCAUGCCUUUGUCGUUGGUGAGGAUUUAGGAAUGCACAAGGCAAAGAAGCCAACGACAACAGGGAUGAAGAAGCGGUGGCAUUUUGUAAAUACAGUGUCAUGUCAACUUAGUUUGCUGAACCAGUGUACGUACGUGUGCGCCUAGAGCUACCGAUCGCAUAGUGGUUACAUACUGAGUGUUUCAAGAGUUCUGGAAUUUAUGAUUGCUUUUAGGUUUGGAGAAAGUUGCCAGUAACAAAUACGUUGUUGAAGUUUUUAAAUGCCGGAAAUCUAACUGCAGGGUUUAACCAUCCCUAGAAUGCAUGACUGUUAACUGGAAACAGAAAACCAAAGAUUGGUUCAGUCUGAUUGUCACGGUAGCCUGCUCUCUCCCCAGCACGCAGCUGGCAGCUUAUACGCAAACGAUUUGCAUCUGGAGCAAGUGCAGGGUGUAUAUAGGAUGUUGUAUGUGUCUUUAGGUAUAUGAAAUUGGGUAACGUAGAGCACUACAUAUUUUUGUGUCCAUGUUAUUUACCUAACAAACGCUUUUUGUCACACCACAAGGAGGAAACGAAUCAAAUAGCGGCGCGUACGCCACAAACAACACACGGAAUUACAGUUUUGUGAUAAUUCUAUUAGCAUGGAAGAAAGCUGGCCGCCGGCGCAUUUCGCAAAGGAAAUAAACCUGACAAGCAGGUGUUUUGCUAUCGAGAUUUCCCGUUUCUUACAAAUAUCUGUGUACUCCAUAAGGAUAUAGUUGCUUGUCGUUUAGUAACGGCUGUUUGUAUCGACGAACGAAGUACCGUGUAAUUGUUUUUGUGUGUGCGCGUGUGUAUGACGCUGCGAUUUCAGCUCAUCUAUGUAUGUCUUGCAAGUAUAGGCGUAGCCAUAUGUUCGCAUACAAGCACACGUCGCAAUGUGACCGUCUUGACUGUGGCACGUCUGCAGGGCGUGAGUAGGUGAUCUCAACAGAAACUCUACCCUAGAUUUCCCCGAGUGGCAAGGUCCGUCAAUUAUUGCUGGUGUGUGUAUGUGUGCGCGCGCGUACAGGCUUACCUUUGACUGUAGUUGCUGUUACCUUGCGCUGGCCGUCUUGUGUUGGGGGGGGGGGUCAGGUAGACUCCCUACAUCUCUCCACAUACAGUCAACCUCAUAUAUACCGUACUCGGCGGGACCACAAUAAUGGAUGCGAUUUAUAUUAAUAUACUGUGCAUGUGUGCUACGUAUGUGAUAUGAGGUACGUAUAUAUACACGCAUCGUCGCACAGUGGAGAUAUGUUCAGUACACGAAAAGCACGCGAAGGACGCGUCCUAUGCGCGUUUUCUGUCCACAGUUAUUUUAACGUGUGUAUCGCCUGUCUAAUGAUUGCGUUUGGUUGACCAGUUCGUUUAUACCAAGUUCUAGUAUUUUCAUAAGUACAUACGACCGCGCGUGACCUGUAUGCACCAGUCAUGUCACGUCGGCCGAUCUUUAACGUGUUCACAAGCCUUGGUUAAUUAAACAUACGCCGAAUCACGCAAUUUCCCCUGCCUGCCUCUUGAAGCCUUUUCUGGCAUCGGGAUUAUUAAUUACUUCGUCGAUUUUUCCAUCUCGUGGAUAUUUUACUUUUUAUUCAUAGACAGGAGGUAUCUCUGUACACGAACUGGGGUUUUCACGUUCGCUAUAUGCCGGCCAUGUCUGUAAUGACUGUCUGCGAUGACCGCGACUACACUUCACCACGAAAUGCAGUCUGCGGUGAAUCGGUGACUACGCCAGUUUCGAGUACCUAACGCGCUUCCCUACUGACGAAUUACAACGGGUCACUGUAGUGACAUUCACGGUAUAGGCGAGUGUACGAUGUAUACUGACGCGGUAUGUGUAAGGUUGACUGUGGCACGACAAAGCCUGUACUCAUGCGCUGUGAAUUAUAUGAUGUCCGCUGUGGUAAUCCGACUGCGCAUUUCAAACGAUUAUCUCCCGAUGCAUACCGUCAUUGGGAUGAGUACUCUGUUAUCAGAGGUUUAACCUGAGAACUGUUUCUGUUCGUGCAAACCAAUCUGUAUUAUGUGUUACGUGUUUAAAUUGUACAUGCAUGUCUGUCUUAGACUAAAUAUAUAAAUGACACAUAGACCGUGUUAAGGUGAAAUUCUACACUUCGUAGAGCAGGCAGGUUGAUUAGGCAUGCUGUAUUACAGUUCAUGUCUAGCCUGGCUGCGAUCGUAGAUCCGUUAUUGUAGUUGUAUCGAUUUCUGGAACGACUUCUGACCGUAUAGAAACGGUCCCUAGUGAUCCUUAUAUGCAGCGAAGCAGUGAUUAGAUUAGCGGUAUUAAAUCUUGAUAUAUUGCCGCACAAUCAGUGUGACACAACUGGUUGCGUUGCUAGGGAAAUGCGACCCGCGAGUUGUGCCAUCCCGGCGCUGUAAACUACUGUACUGCGGCUCUAACUGCGAUUAUCAGUGCAGAAUCAAGAGUUGGUCGGCACCCGCAAAGCGAAUAUCACUCGUUCGGAACUCAUAGAAGGAGAACAGGGGGGGAAGGCGGGGGCGGCGUCUCUCGGCGAGAAGGCAAGGCAAAUGCUAGCGCUGAAGAGGUUGCAGUUGUAUUGCUGCUGAGAUGCUUCGCAAACGCGCGUGCCAAGAGUCGGCGAAUUAUACCAAAAUGGCGAAUGAUGGUGGCCCGAGGGAGCGCACGCCGCUGAAAAUUGAAUGUUACACGCACGAAGCCAUUUUGUAAUUACACACAAGUGUCUCCCCGGGAAGCUUUGCAGAUCGUUAGCAUCAUAUCUCCGCAGCCUCCGCUUUACGGAGAAAAUGUUUAAUUAACGGCGUAAAGCCAGAGCUGCUUCUCGGCAUAUUUCCCGGGUAUCUAAUUCGACACCCCUCUCGACAGCCGCAUUCUCGCCUAGGGUAGAACGUAGACGGUGUUCCGGUCACCGACCUUCUAUGUUUGGCGGCUAAACCCGGCAGCCGGUGUGUCCGCCGCCCUCCUGCCGAAUCAGAUCAACAUAGAUAGAUGUAUAUCGCAUAAUAUAAUGCGCUAGCUUUUUAACGAGGGCCUUGCUCUGCCUAUGCGAGAAACCGAGAGGCCAUGCGUUUCGAGAUGGCUGUGCGAUGUCGUGUUCAUGCCUCCUUGUCGUCGAUGAUCAGCGGGAAUUGAGCAACAGCACACGUUCCUAAUCAUGCUUGUAAAUGUUUGUAUCGUACCCGAGUCAUAACGGAGAACCUGUGUUUCUGUCAUGAAUGGCUAUUUUUGUGAAUUAUUUGAGUACUUGUAUAUCAUGGUACGCACGACAACUUGUUUGCCGUUACCCGUUUCAACAUUUGUUGUCGCGUUCAGACAAAUUGUGCAAUGGGUAUUAUGUAUCGUGUGGAUAAAUAAAGUGCGUAGAUUUUUGCUGAAAGUUUGCCAUGAGCUAUAGGCAAUUGUCAUGGAGAAUAUGAUAUUUAAUUAUUGUCUGUUUAAACCAUAAUUAGCCCGUCACAUACCUAGUGUACACUGCUCGUACCGUUCUUUGUAUUCCGCUAGGAGAUGUAUUUAUUCAAUCCGUAGGCUGCAGCUACCAUAUAGUGAAAUAAUUCCCAGUACUACUAUCGAUACAAUCUGUUACGUACGGCGUGGUUAUCGCGCUGCGAGCGCAGCGCAUUACUUGUGUUUUAGUAGCUCGGAAUCCGAUGUUUAGCUUUGUGAUAAAACGCACACAGGCUGCUGCAUCGAUUCUCUUUCGAGAUUCCCUCCGUCGGUGUGCACAUGACUGAGCGAACUUGCGUUACAGGUUUGUGCUGUCGAGAUGCCAUUGGGGUACGAAGCAAACUGCAGUGUCUAAGGAGCGGCCUUUCAGUCGCACAAUAUUGCUCUUGGUACCAUUUGUCUCUUAUGUUUAAGCUUCUGUCUCCUUUGCCUUUUCACAUUUAGUAAAAUUUUGACUAAAA